AUGGAGGCCUCGGUGCUGAGCCCCACGUCCUGGGAGAAGCGGCGAGCCUGGGUCCGGCAGAGCCGCUACUGGCAGGCCCAGGUCCUGGAGGAGGAGGCCGCGGCCGCCCUACAGGAGGUCCCAGAGCUUGAGCCUUCCAGCCUGGACGACGUUUUCCAGGAAGGGAAUUCAAGCAGCAAGAUUGAAGACUGGCUGCUGGACUGUGGCUCUUCCGAGGAAGGACUUUUGGAGGAAGCAGGACAGUCCAUCAAUAACGGAUGCUCCAGCUUUGAAGAUGACCUGACCCUUGGAGCAGAGGCCACAUUGCUGGCCACCAACGGCAAGCUCUUCCCCAGGAGAUUCCUCCAGACGGCCAGGCCCUGCCAGCUACAUGAUCUUGGCUGUAGUUUGGCUUCCAGCAGCAUGACUGGUGGGACCACCCAGACCAGUUCAAGCAUCUCAGACAUUCUGGACAAGGUGCAAGAAGACGCCGAAGCCGUCCUCUUCAACCUGGGCUUCGGCCAAGAGGCCCACAGAGACACUUCGCGGAUCCCUGCCCGAUUUUUCACCACCCCCUCUCAGGCCAAAGGCAUUGACUUCCAGCUCUUCCUGAAGGCCCAGGUGCGGAGGAUUGAGAUGGAGGACCCCUGCCUCAUGCUGGCCAGCAGGUUUAAGCAGGUGCAAACCCUGGCUGUCACUGCCGAUGCCUUCUUCUGCCUCUACUCCUAUGUGUCCAAGACGCCUGUCCAGAAGUUCACACCGUCCCACUUGCUCUGGAAUUACAACCCAUCUGAUGUGCCCUCCAUCAGGAUUCAGGCCCCAGAGCCUGAACCCCAGUCACCCCGAGACCGCCUCCGGAAAGCUAUCUCCAAAAUGUGCCUGUAUACUGGUUCCCGGGAUCGGCUGUCACUGCCCCCCACCCCCCAGAAAAGGAACAGUUUGGACCAAGUGGUGUGGGAAGUGAUGGACAGAGUGAGAGGAGAGAAACUAGUCCUCCAGCAAGGCUCUGGGAUUGAGCGAGACCCACGGGAAGGUCCUGUACUCCCCGUCGGCAGCAUGGAGCUGUCCCUUUCUUCCUCUCCAUGUGCUCCCCACCCUAAAGAGGAAACACAGCAGACAAUGCCCAUGGUGUUCUCACCAUCACAAACUCUGGAGCCUAUCUGCAAGGCACCCUGUUGCACACAUUCUCUGCCUAGAGAAGAUCCACGGUGGAGUGCAAACCCUGCACAGGUGCAGAGAGAACUGUGGGAGCUACAGGCCACCGCCGAGGGAGCCCAUUCCGCUGAGGAUGAGCCUUUCUGGAAAAGGAAGAGGAGGGCAAGAAAGAGCCUGUUUCAGAAGCAACCCCUGGACACAAGGACCGAGCCAUCGGACCUGUUCCCCAAACAGCAGAAGUGGACGCUGAGCCCAGGGAGGUCAGAACCGCGUCAGGCUCAAAUCUACCAGCUGCAGGGUGCAUUUUACUGGGAGGAGAUGCAAAGCAACAGUGAGGAGGAGGAGAGCCCUUGGUCCAGCAUAUCCAGGCACCCCAACAUCUACCAGAUUUGUGCUAGCAAAGACUCAAGAAAGAAGAAACCCCCAGGCCUCCACAGGAACCAGGACCGAAGUCGAAAAACCCAGACUACAGUGAGGGAGCUGCUGGGGAUCAGUGUGUCUGCACAUGAGUUAGAAACCCUGGGAGGAUCCAGCCACCAGGGUCCCUGCUCUUCCGGGACUAGUACUUCCCGAAGCUUGAGCAAGUUCUCUUACGCUCUGGCAGGGGAGGAGUAA